AUGAGAAAUCAUACAGUAGAAAAGUCUUUUAAAUGUGAUGUUUGUAGUAAAUCUUUUACUCGGAAUAGUCAAUUACAGAGACAUAUCAGAAUUCAUACUGUAGAAAAGUCUUAUAAAUGUGAUGUUUGUAGUAAAUCAUUCAGAGAUAAUAGUACUCUAAACCAGCACACCAGAAUUCAUACUGGUAAAAAACCCUUUAAAUGUGAUGUUUGUAAUAAAUCAUUCACACGGGAUGGAGACCUACAGAGACAUAUCAGAAUUCAUACUGGUAAAAAACCUUAUAAAUGUGAUAUUUGUAGUAAAACAUUCUCUGCUAGUGGUAAUCUACAUAAACACAUAAAAACACAUACAGCAGACAAACCUUAUAAAUGUGAUGUUUGUAGUAAAUCAUUUACUCAGAGUAGUAAUCUACAGACUCACAGGAGAAUUCAUACAGGUGAAAAACCUUAUAAAUGUGAUGUUUGUUUUAAGUCAUUUACUAGAAGUUUUGAUCUACAGAAACACAUCAGAAUUCAUACUGGUGAAAAACCUUAUAAAUGUGAUGUUUGUAGUAAAUCAUUUACUUCCAGUAGCAAUCUACAAACACACAUUAGAAUUCAUAACAGAAAAAACUUUUUUAAAUGUACUGUUUGUAGUAAAUCCUAUACUUCAAAUAGAAAUCUAAAAAUACACAUUAGAAUUCAUAGUGAUGAACAAUCUUAUAAAUGUGAUGUUUGUAGUAAAUCAUUUACUACUGGUAGUACUCUACAAAAACACAUGAGAAUACAUACAGGUGAAAGGCCUUUUCAAUGUGAUGUUUGUGGUAAAUCAUUUACUGAUAGUAGUCAACUACAGUACCAUAUAAGAAUUCAUACAGGUGAAAGACCUUACAAAUGUGAUGUCUGUAGCAAAUCAUUUACUAAUAACGGUCAUCUACAGAAACACAUGCAAAUUCAUACAGGUAAAAAACCUUAUAAAUGUGAUGUUUGUAAGAAAUCAUUUAGAACCACAUCUUAUCUUAAAGUGCACACGAGAAGUCAUACAGGUGAAAAACCUUAUAAAUGUGAUGUUUGUAGUAAAUCAUUUACUGAUAGUAGUACUCUACAGAACCACACCAGAACUCAUACAGGUGAAAAACCAUAUAAAUGUGGUGUUUGUAGUAAAUCAUACAGUAGACCCUUUACCCUACAGAGACACAUGAAAUAUCAUACUUGAGAAAAACUUCUUCAAUGUGAUUUUUGUGGUUAAAUUCACAUUUUUGAUGUUUGCAUUGAAUCCUUCACUAGUGGUCUGCAGCAACACAGGAGAGAAAAACCCUUUCGAUAUUCGCGCAUAUCGGACCGUAACUUCCUGAAU